UGGCCGGUGCCGGGAUCGGACCGAGUUUUGGGGCCAAGCCUCAAGAGACAUCCCAUCCACGACCGCUGACGAUUUGGGGAAUGGAUCGCUUGGGCUCUUUCAGCAAUGAUCCCUCCGACAAGCCGCCUUGUCGGGGAUGUUCUUCUUAUCUCAUGGAGCCUUACAUCAAAUGUGCCGAGUGCGGGCCGCCUCCUUUUCUCCUCUGCUUGCAGUGCUUCACCCGAGGAUUUGAAUACAAGAAGCAUCAGAGCGAUCACACAUACGAAAUUAUGACUUCAGACUUUCCUGUCCUCGAUCCCACCUGGACAGCUCAGGAGGAAAUGGCACUUCUGGAGGCCGUGAUGGACUGCGGUUUUGGAAACUGGCAAGACGUGGCCAACCAGAUGUGCACAAAAGGCAAGGAGGAAUGCGAGAAACACUACAUGAAGCAUUUCAUCAAUAACCCCCUCUUCGCGUCCACCUUGUUGAACCUGAAGCAGGCGGAGGAGGCGAAGGCGGCCGACACAGCCAUUCCGUUCCAGUCGACAGAUGAUCCGCCCCGGCCAACCUUUGACUCCCUGCUUUCCCGGGACAUGGCGGGAUAUAUGCCAGCCCGAGCAGACUUCAUUGAGGAAUUUGACAAUUAUGCAGAAUGGGACCUGCGAGACAUAGAUUUUGUGGAGGACGACUCGGACGUCUUACACGCUCUGAAGAUUGCGGUCGUAGAUAUCUACCACUCCAGGUUAAAGGAAAGGCAGAGGCGGAAAAAGAUUAUAAGAGACCACGGUUUAAUCAACCUUCGAAAGUUUCAGAUUCUGGAGCGGAGGUAUCCCAAAGAGGUCCAAGACCUUUACGAAACAAUGAGACGAUUCGCAAGGAUCGUCGGACCAGUGGAACACGACAAAUUCAUCGAAAGUCAUGCCCUGGAGUUUGAACUCCGAAGGGAAAUCAAGCGACUCCAGGAAUACCGAACAGCGGGGAUCACCAAUUUCUGCAGUGCCAGAACGUAUGAUCACCUCAAGAAGACCCGAGAGGAAGAGCGCUUGAAACGGACGAUGCUGUCUGAGGUCCUCCAGUAUAUUCAGGACAGCGGUGCCUGUCAACAGUGGCUCCGUCGGCAAGCCGACAUCGAUUCAGGUUUGAGUUCUUCAAUGCCAGUGGCUUCAAAUUCAGGCAGACGGAGCGCACCCCCCCUGAACCUCACGGGCCUUCCUGGCACAGAGAAGCUCAACGAGAAGGAAAAAGAGCUCUGUCAGAUGGUUCGGUUGGUCCCCGGAGCCUACUUAGAAUACAAAUCCGCCCUAAUGAACGAGUGUAACAAGCAAGGAGGCUUGAGGCUGGCACAGGCAAGAGCGCUGAUCAAAAUAGAUGUGAACAAAACCCGAAAGAUCUAUGACUUCCUUAUCCGGGAAGGCUACAUCACCAAAGCCUGAGUCUUUGGAGCCCAGGCGGGAAAGACGGGAGACGGGAGCCUCGAAUGGUGUCGACCGGAGGGGUCCGACGAGCUCUGGUUUUAACCUUGUUUUUUCACCAAGUCCAAGUAACGUGUACUUUACUGUGCCGUCUAAACCCGUUGUCGGUAUCGGGCCGCAAAGAGUCGUGCGUGCCUGGUGAGCUAGUUGUAAAUGGGAACGGGCACGCGUUCGCAACCCUUCCUUGCACCUAAGACGAGACUCACGGUAUCUCGCAUCGGUGUCGGUAGAAAUAGAACAGCAUCAUUAUCCCUGGCCACCCAGCUCUGCUGCCAGGUAAGAGAAAGGCGGGUUUCCUCAGCACCUUCGCCGCAGGAAGAUGGUGGACGCUUCAAGAAAGAAGAGAGAAACCACUGCGGAUCGUGAGAGAACCCUGCCUUUUCAAGUUUUUUUUUUGGAGCGAAUAACCUGUAACUGCUUAUUUUGCCAGGGAAGGAGGAAGAGAAAACCCUGUGUUCCUGAAAACGUUAGGUCAAACCGUGUGGUCCGCUCCGCUGCCCUUUUCUUGUCCUGAGGUCGGGUGGUGAAUUUGUGAAGGCGGUGGCGGGGGGGCUGGCGUUAUCAGCUGUCUGCUAUUUUUAGAAUUAAUGGAUUAAAAUUUUUCUAC